UGGAAUAUUGCCGUGGUUUUGUGUUGGUCACUUUUUGCAUUCUUGUCCUCUUUUGAUCAUCCUCAUCAUCCUCAAACCGGUCCUCUAUCAAUACGACGGACGGCUUUACCGCCAAGCCGUGCGGCUAACCUCAACUACCAAAUCCAGUUCCUCUUCGAUUCUAGAAGUGGAUCUCUUGGGACCUUGGUUCUUUGACACCGCCGUCGUCGACAAAGAAACAACCCCCUCUCCCACGCCACCAAACCCGUCGAGGCCGCCUCCCGCUCCUACGCUUUGGUACAUUCCUCCAUGUACUAGGCUCGACACUCCGACUACCUCGUCUUCUCUCGCUCCACUCUACGUAUCUUUAUCACCACCGGCAACACUCGCUUCCUCUCCUCGUCGCCAUCGAACUCGCUCGACGACGACGACGACGACAUCUCCGGUACUCCUCCCCACGACCACACACAAAUCGCGGGAGAGAAUGCCUUACACACCACCCUCGCACAGGUCUCCGGCCUCGUCGGCACCCUCCUCACCAAGCCAGAGCCGGAGAUCUUCGAUCCACCACCACCAACAACAACACAAUGGCGGCCCCACCUCGCCAACAUCAUCCACCAAGCCCGCACUCCCGCGAUCGGCGUCGUAUCUUAUGAAGCACCGACGAACCCCCUCGGCCCCGGCACCCGCACAGCAUAACGAGCUGUCGCCGUCGGCGACCGUGGAGGAUCUCAAGAUCAUGGCCCUCAACAGCAUCGUGCGCCAGUCCCCCCCACCAAUAACGGGCGAAAGGCAGGGCAUGCCCGCCGGUGCCGUCAUCUCCCCGCCCGACUCGGCUAGUGAAGACGAGGGUCAGCUGGAGAUGAAGAAGGAGGACACGCAGCGUGGCAGGACCAUCGAGAACCUCAAGGAGCUCAAGGACGCCAUCAGCCAGAUCCCCGUUCACCGCUCGUGCUCGCCCAACAACCGCACCGAUAUCCCCGAGCCCAUCAUCGCCGAAAUGAAGGAAAAGACAAGGCCCGAUGCCGGCGACCUGCUAGUACUGCCGUCCCAGGCCAAGGCCAUUGCCGACAUGCAGCAGAAGCAGGACGCCACCAACGGAGUCACCAACCGCCGCUUCUCCCACAACCGAUCCGCCACCGAGUCCAACAUUGUGCUGAACAAGUCUAUGGAAACCUCGCUGACAGGAUCGGACGAGGACACGGACGAAGAGCGGCAAAGAAAGCCCCCCAUGGUGCGCAAGAAGUCGGGUGAGCUCGUGCGGCCUGCUCUGCGACCUCCCUCUCGCCGACGACCCUCCAGUAUGCCUGGCACACCCACCUUCAAGGCUGUCCACUUUGACUCGCAUCUCGAACAUGUUCGCCAUUUCUUGCAGGUCGACCGUCCGUUGGCCGUUAGUGCUGGCUCAUCGCCGGUCGAUAGCUAUGAUAGCGACACCGAGUACCCUUUCAAUGGGAACGGGAAUGCGAACGACCAAUCACAAGCGCGUCAGCCUCCCUUCGAGUGGGAGCUCGUCCUGUCCAACUUCCCCGCCGAUACACCACUUCGCAGGGCGCAGCCUGUGCGUCUGGAACGUGUUUGGCUAUCUAGCGACCAAAAGUGCCUGAUAGGGUCGGUCGCGGUGGUCAACCUGGCCUUCCACAAGAGCGUUACUUGCCGGUUCACCUUGGACUACUGGAAGACCACCUCUGAGGUCUCGGCCGAGUACAUGAGCCAGAUCGUGCCUUCGGAGUCGCCUCUCGGACAGGAUCGCUUUAACUUCACCAUUAAGCUCUCCGACAUGGCCAACCUCGAGUCCAAGACGCUCUACUUCUGCAUCCGGUACAACGUCAACGGCCAGGAGUUCUGGGACAACAACAACGGCAUGAACUUCCAGAUUGACUUCCGCAAGAAGGCUCUCCCGACCAACGGCAAGAAGGGUGUUAUCGGCGCUGCUUCUCGUACCGUGAACGGCCUGCCCAAGAGUAACCGUCGCUCCAACCACUCGUCUGCGGCACCAAAGCCCAAGUUCGCUCCCAUCGGUGCCGAUGACUUUGGUAGCAGGAGCAAGCUCAGCUUUGAUAGCUCCCUUGAUGACUAUGAUGAUGACGCUCUUCCCGCUGGCCUUCGCCUGCGUGGUGUUAAGAGCACCACCAGCAUUCCCAGCGAUAACCUGCCGAGCCGUCUGUCUGCCCCUAGCGGCCAGGCCUUUGCUAACCGCUACGACUUUGGUGCCUCGCUGGCCACGGCCAUCCAGACCGCCAAGGACAACCUGCCCAAGAAGGAUGACGGUGGUCUUUACAUGAAGUCCUCCAGGAAGCCUGCUGCUGCGAACUCGUCUAUCCAGCGCAGGGGUCACCCCACCCUGACUACUCCUGUUGCUUCUGCUCCCGCUCCUGCUCUCUCUGCCCCUGCCCCUGCUGCUGCCCCUAAGAAGGCUCCAGCACCUGCUCCUGCACCUUCUACCGCUGCUCCCGCUACCACCUCAGCAAAGCCUUCUUCUCUCAACAUUCCUGGUGUGUCCACCACUGGCAGCAUUGCUUCGUCCUCGUAUGAGGAGCUCGUUAACAAGUACUGCUUCUUUGGAUCCACCAAGCAAUCCAGCCCUCAGAUCAAGGAUGGCAGCUUGCGCAACAGUCGCUUCGAUAGUGCCAGUGACCUUCCCCAGCUUGCCAGCAACAGCAGCAGCAGCAACUCGAGCUACGAGGGAAGCCCGGUCCACAAUAACUUUUACGGUAUGGGGUCUACGGCUCAGCAUCACUCGCUGCAUCCGAGGGAUCCCAACCCUUAUUUCUCUCAUGGAGGUUUCAUGAGCUUUGUUGGGGGCUCUCCAGCCGAAAGCCCCCUCAAGUUGGGCUUCCCGUCUCCGCAAAACCCGGGUGACCCCUCAAGCACUGGGCCACGCACUGGCCCUGGCACUAACAGCUUUGGAUCUGGCUACGGAACCGGACCCAGCUACGGAUCGCACUCUACUGCUAUUAGGGGGUAAAUGAUCAUCAUUUCAUCUGCUUGCGGGGGUCUAUCGCCAUUCCAUGGAUCCCAACAACAAGGCGGCCCGUUUCUGUAUAUGAAUCCCACACUUGUAACCUGUGGGAUGACAACACAUUCUCGACAUACCAUCACCGGCCUCGACAUAAACUUGCUGCUUUUUUUCCCGUCUCCUACUCAUUGCUCUUGUUUUUCUUUUCGGCAUUUGCUUUCUCUGGCUUUGAAGCAUCCACUAGUUUGGCGUUUGGGUGGUUUCUUUUUCCUACUUCUCCUUUCAACAGCAUGAUGAUCACGACUUCAAACUUCGGUGUACGAUUAAGGGAAACUGGCGGAUUACCGGCACGGACAGGUUUUCUGGUUUUCCUGGAUUGGAGAGUUUUUGGUGGUCGCGUUUGUUUCUUUAUGGGGGGGAUUGGCUGGCCUGCAAAACUCGCAUUCCCUGAAAGUCAACAUUGGCGACCCCUUUCGGGUCAAGGAGAGCCAGGGAGCGCUUCAUUCUUUCCGACAUCACAUCACUCCACAGCCUUACCUCUUCUCUUUCACACACACUUCGGCAAGCACAUCAACCCGGCCCUCGCACACUCUUUGCGAUAGCCGAUGGAACCAUCAUGCGCCUUUCAAGAAACCAAUUUGUCACUGGGUCUCCUUUCCCAGUUCGUCGUGGCAUUCCUUUCAGGCUGCCCGACUCGGUCGUCGAGCUCUCCUCCUUCUGGAAGUCAGGGAGCAAGAUGAUGGAUGAAAAGGUUCUCUGAAUGGUCUUUUAUGGAUUCUGUCACCGAGUGGCUGUUAUUAGUACUCGGUUAGGGCUGAAUGUACUUGCCGCAGUUGUGCGUACUCAGUUGGGUAGUCAGCCGGUCGUCCAACAGCAAAGGUCCCAAAGCAUUGCAUCAACAGUUACUUCACAUGGCAUCAGUCCGCUCGGUUGAACCCUAUCCUGGGCGCGAGACUUUUGCUACAUUGUGGGUAACUUGCGGCUUUGGUUGAGCUUACGCUACACGACAUGACACCGACAAAGUGCACACAUACAUAUAAGAGACAGUAGGCUGAGAGACGUGAGUGACUAAGAAGGAUUGUGGAUGACUGGACUGGACACUGAACUUGAAAAGGGAGCACAAUGUCAGAUAACAGAGAUUGGGAGUAGAGCAGAGUCUCUCUUGGGGUGGACUAGUCAUGGCGAGUUUUGAGCAGGUCGGCGGGGGGGACUACUUGAUUGGCAGUUGGUUUUUUUUUCUUUCUAGUAUGUUCAUUAUGGCUUGGCUGGCUGGCUCGCGAAGGUUGCAAUGGUUAGGUUAGGGGUCAGGAAAAAAACGGGUAUGAUUGAUAAAUUUGAUGAGAAUUGCACACAUACAUCAUGA